AAAACUCAAAUUCUGAAGCACAAGACCCAGUUGUAGUGAGUGAGCCUUUUGCUAAGCUAUUUCAAUACAAUGGCUGUGGAAUCCAGAGCCAUUUCAACUUUGGUACCUCGGAACCACCAGGAACUAAUACUAGUGAAAGUGGAAGAAAGUCUUUCCUGGGGUCAGAAAUCUAGAAAGAAUGGGAGUAAUCAAUCCUGCCAAGAAUUGUUUCGCCAACAGUUCAGAAAGUUUUGCUACCAGGAGACACCAGGGCCCCGGGAGGCCUUGGGCCGACUCCAAGAGCUUUGCUAUCAGUGGCUCAUGCCUGAGGUGCACAGCAAGGAGCAAAUCCUGGAGCUGCUGGUGCUGGAGCAGUUCCUGAGCAUUCUACCUGAGGAGCUGCAGAUCUGGGUUCAGCAGCAUAGUCCGCAAAGUGGCGAGGAAGCUGUCACACUGCUGGAGGAUUUGGAGAGGGAAUUCGAUGAUCCAGGGCAACAGGUCCCAGCUAGUCCACAGGGCCCAGCAGUGCCAUGGAAGGAUUUGACAUGUCUUGGAACUUCCCCAAAGUUAACAAAUAUCCAACUCCAGCCUUUAAAGACACAGCUGAAGCCCUGGAAACCUUGCCUUUCCCCCCAAAGUGAUUCUGAGACCAGUGAAUCAGCAGCAAAGGACUUACCAAGAGAAAAAUCACAAAGAAUUCCCCAAGAGCCUUCAUUUGGAGGAGUUAGUGAACAUGAAAGCAGUUUAGACUGGCAGCAAGGAAGUACUACAGGGGGAAAACUCACACAGCCUUCCCAAGGAGGGAGUUUUAGUCAGGUCAUCUUUACACACAACUCUCUAGGGGAUAGUGUCCAGCACAGUGGCCCUCAGAGAAGCUUGAUUCUAAGUGCAAAUGCUCUAAUGUAUCAGAAAGUUCCUACUGAUGAGAGACCUUAUAAGUGUGAUGUGUGUGGACACAGGUUUAAACAGCACUCCUCUCUCACGCAGCACCAGAGAAUCCAUACUGGAGAAAAGCCCUAUAAGUGUAACCAGUGUGGAAAGGCCUUUAGUUUGAGAUCAUAUCUUAUUAUUCAUCAGAGAAUUCACAGUGGUGAGAAAGCAUAUGAGUGUAGUGAAUGUGGGAAAGCCUUCAGUCAGAGCUCAGCUCUCAUUAGACAUCGGAAAAUUCAUACUGGUGAGAAAGCUUGUAAGUGUAAUGAAUGUGGCAAAGCAUUCAGUCAAAGUUCUUACCUCAUUAUACAUCAAAGAAUUCACACUGGUGAAAAACCCUAUGAAUGUAAUGAGUGCGGAAAAACCUUCAGCCAGAGCUCAAAACUUAUUAGACAUCAGCGAAUUCAUACAGGAGAGAGACCUUACGAGUGUAAUGAAUGUGGAAAAGCUUUCAGGCAGAGCUCAGAGCUGAUUAGCCAUCAGAGAAUACAUAGUGGAGAAAAACCCUACGAAUGUAACGAGUGUGGAAAAGCCUUCAGCUUGAGCUCAAACCUCAUCAGACACCAGAGAAUUCAUAGUGGAGAGGAACCUUAUCAGUGUAAUGAAUGUGGCAAGACCUUCAAAAGGAGCUCAGCCCUUGUUCAGCAUCAGAGAAUCCAUUCUGGGGAUGAAGCCUACAUAUGUAGUGAAUGUGGGAAGGCUUUCAGGCACAGAUCAGUGCUGCUGCGCCACCAGAGAGUUCAUGCUGUAAAGUAACUAGUGAAUGUAAAUAUUCUAAAUACUUUAGUCAUGUUUAUCUAUUUAGUCAAAGGGUUGACUUUGGAGCAAGACUCCAUAAAGGUUUAAACUAGGUUUUCGAGUCAGUAGAA